AUGGUGGAGAUCAUGGUCACACCUCCACUGUCUGUGACACAGGAGGAGGAGGUGGAGGAGGAGGAGGAUGUUGGUGGUGUUAAGACUUUGCAUGAGAACGAGGAGGAGGAGGAGGAGGAGAAGGAGGAGACGAAGGAGAAGGUGAAUAAGGAAGACAGGCAGUGUAUGAAAAGCAGUGCCUGCGGUGGUGCACAUCUCUGCUUGCUAGCUGAAAUGCGUGCGCCAGAUGUUGCGAUGGUAGGAUCGGUGUGUGUGUGGGUUGUGCAUUUGGAAGUAAAUAAGAAGAUGAAAAUGGAAUGA